AUGGAUCAAGGGUCGUCCGAUGAAGCCCUCGAUGACCUUCUCCUACAGAAGCUUCCACAUCUCUCAUGGCUCCUCCGCCGUAAACGCCAGAUUGAGCAGCCUCCCAGCAACAACGGCACGAGCAAUGUGUGCGCCGGUUCCUCUCGCCCGGCCCAUUACGAAAAUGGCACCAAGAAUGGCAACACCUCUCACAUCCUAGACUACAUCCCUCUUGGGCAACCAACGGAAGAAGCCUCGUUUCACGAUUCACGACAUAACGGAGCCGACGAGCAUCCGAAUAAGCGCAGGCGCCUCGAAGAGGUAGACCACCUUCAGCGAGUAUCGGAUGGAGAUGAGAAAUCGUCGUGCUACACGCUCGAGCACGAACUGUUCGCGCGACAAGCUCCUACUUUGCCCUCCUUCCUCAAGCACUCCCGCCCUUCUACUGCAGCAGAUCUUUCUACUUCUCUUUCUACAGCCCCGCUUUCUGCCUCUCCUCCUCGCCCUACGGUCGCUGUACUGUCACCUGUUCCGUCACAGGUCCCUCCUGCAGUUGUACAGCCAUCAGUUACAUCCUCCACCGCCACUCUAUCGCCUGCCCGUGCUGGUACCUUCCUCUCGUCCCCAGCACGUUCAUCCUCGCCCUCGAGUUCGCCUGCCCGCUCGUCGGCCUCUUCGCCUGUGCGCCAAACGACGAGUCAGCCAGCGGCGACACGGCUAAGUCCUCAGGUCCUAUCCGCUACUAAACUGUCCGACACGAGAAGCCCGCCGUGGGCACACAAGGACCGGCUCUACUCACCACCAGCCCAAAGUGAAGACCAGCCGCGACCAGAUGAGUUCUACCGCGCACUCGGCCAAGAGGUCAAGGACUUAGCCGAGUGGGUGUCGCCGACUCUAUAUGAGUGGAAAGCACGCUACGAAGCGCUCAACAGAGUAACGCAAACGAUACGUGGUAUCUGGCCGCACGCCAACGUACACCUAUUUGGAUCUUCCAAGACAAAGCUCUGCCUUUCCGGGAGUGACAUCGAUUUGGUGGUUACUGGUGCUACGCCCACCCCUUGGAACGUUUCUCCUCUCCGCGCACUGGCCGCUGCGAUACGCAAACAGCAGCCACAAGCCAGCAAUCUUGGCGGUCUGAAGGUCAUCGACAACGCCAAAGUGCCGAUAAUCAAGAUGAUCGACUGGAGCACCCAAAUCGCGAUAGACAUUUGUUUGGACAACACAUCUGGCCCGAUCAGUUCGGAGAUCUUGAUAUGCACGCUACAAGAUUUGCCUCAUCUCAAACCACUAGCCUUGGUGCUUAAAUAUUUUCUGCGCCAACAGAAGAUGUACGUCAUGACGCCUCUAUACCCUGCCCGAGCUUAUCGCGUGUCGUGCCCUUUCAUGCAUAGGAAUGAAACGUUUGAGGGCGGCAUGGGCAGCUACCUGCUGGUCUUGCUCUUGAUCCACGUGAUCCAAAAGAGAAGGAAGAAGGACGAGGAAGAGCGAAUUCGGGCGUUAGCGCUCAAUCAGAUUCGCGCCAAGGCGGACCUCAUCAGGGAAAAGCUGCUUACCGAGCAGGGAAUCGAUUCGACGCAAGCGAAGGAGCAGGCCCAAUCGGACAACGGCCGGACGCAAUCCAUCGCCGAGCCGACCGCAGAUGACGACGAGCUCUUAGGACGCUUGUUCGCGGACUUCUUCUUCGAGAUUGGCGUCAACCUCGACUAUUCUCAGGGCAUCUCGGUGCGAGAAUCCGGUUCACUCUUCGAUAAGUCCACGAGGUAUCCGUUCUGCGAGAACUUGUAUCUGGCCGUCGAAGAUCCCGAGAACUCAGGCACGUAUAUAGGGCCUAUGGGUGCUGGCUAUGACAAGGACGUGGGGAAAGGGUGCUGGAACAUCGAGGGAGUGAGACAGCUGUUGGCAGAAGCGUACCAACGGCUCAUCGUAGGCGGUACUGCUCCCUGUCGCAAGCCGGGAGAGAAGUCGAUCCUCUGCCGCAUCAUAUGGCCCGACUCCACGCUCGAGGAAAUAAGGAAGCGAUACGAGAAGGCAUACACACAAGCGAUAGACAUCCAUGUCGCCACGAGCAAAACCCCGGCGGCGGCGGCGGCCGUGGCCUAUGGCAAGACGACAGCGAUCAGAGGUGGCCGAGGCGGCGCAAGAGGAAGAGGAGCUGCGCGAGGAAUGACGGCCGGAAUCGGAGGUGGCCGAGGCGGGGCUAGCGCUCCGAACCCGCACGCCGGCUUCGCGGCUCGCUACGCACCCAACGUCAACUACAACUACUACAACACCAACGGACGAGGAGGACACAACGCAUUCCACGCUCAGGCUUGGCCCCCUUCUGGCUACCCCGCCUACUACGCCCGCGGCCAGUGA